UCCCGUCUUCUCAAAUCUCAACCUCCCAUUUCUCCGUCGCGCGCGCGCCAGAGAGAGAGAGAGAGAGAGGGCUGCAUCGGAAAGGAGGAGAUGGGGAUUGCUAGCCCAUCUGAGAGACUGGCCGUGGAUUUAGUGAUGGGCGGCGUGGCAGCUGCGAUCGCGAAGAGCGCAGCAGCGCCGAUAGAGAGGGUGAAGCUGCUGCUGCAGAACCAAGGAGAGAUGAUGAAGAGAGGAGUUCUGAGGAAGCCUUACGUAGGGAUUGGGGAUUGCUUUACUAGGGUUUUGAGGGAAGAAGGCCUUUUGGCCCUCUGGAGAGGGAAUCAGGCCAAUGUCAUCAGAUAUUUCCCCACCCAGGCUUUCAACUUUGCAUUUAAGGAUUACUUCCGGAGUCUCUUUGGCUGCUCAAAGGAAAAAGAUGGGUAUUUGAAGUGGUUAGCUGGCAAUGUAGCUUCUGGUAGUGCUGCUGGUGCAAUGACUUCUCUAUUUUUAUACCAUUUGGAUUAUGCACGCACCCGACUUGGCACAGAUGCCUUGGAAUGUCGAGUGAGCAGCCAACACCAGUUUAAAGGACUACUAGAUGUUUACAGGAAGACCCUAUCAAGUGAUGGAAUUGUUGGCUUAUAUCGAGGCUUUGGGGUUUCAAUCACAGGGAUCACUCUCUACCGUGGGCUGUAUUUUGGAAUCUAUGAUACUAUGAAGCCCAUCGUUCUCGUGGGGCCACUUGAGGGGAACUUCUUUGCUAGUUUUGCAUUAGGUUGGAGUGUUACAACGGUUUCCGGGGUUUGUGCGUACCCCUUUGAUACUUUGCGCAGAAGAAUGAUGAUGACUUCUGGACAACCUUCCAAGUAUAAGAGUGCCAGACAUGCCUUCCGACAGAUUGUUCGUGAAGAGGGUUUCCCAGCACUAUAUAGAGGGGUGACAGCGAACAUGCUUCUAGGAAUGGCUGGGGCAGGAGUCCUAGCUGGAUAUGAUCUUCUCCAUCGGAUUGCAAAUCGACAUGGAUAUGGUUUUGAGCCGCAGUUGAGUCGCUUGAAGUGAUUGGUUACGAUGUACAUGACUAAAUCAACGUGGAAUUCGUAAUGCCGUUUUCCAUCGAUUCAAUUGAUUGUCUACUGCAUCAAGCAGUGCAAUGUAAGUAAAAAGGAAAAAACUUGUGAAAUUGAUUGGGUUGAGCAUCUUUCAAUUGUACAUAAAAAAUGUAAUUAAAAAAGAAAAAGAAAAAGAAAAAUAAAAGAAAAGAAGAGAGCAUGAAAUGUUUCACUGAUUCCUCUCUGUAUAUUUUGAAGGGGUAGUCUUGUAAUUACAUUUUACCCAUGAUGUCAAUGUACAUUGAUUUCUUCCCAUCACAUAAGCAAUGAGAUAAGCUUUCAUUCA